GUUUUUGAUCUCAUCUCUUGGGAAAGCAACUUCCUCUGUGGAAGAAGAAUGUGCAUAUAAUACGCCACACAAAAAUACAAGGAAACUGCAUUUACAGUUAGAGAGAAGGACAAGCUGUUUAUCUGUCACUUCACCAUAGCUUUGACUGGCAACAAACUGUUUUUUGAAAUUAUUCUGCCACGCUGGUGGACAGCUACAUCUCCAGAGACCAUGAAAGAGGUCAUGCAGUGUCUUCCGCAUUCCUGGCAAUAUCCAGGUUUACUUCUUUCUUUGUAUCUAUUGCUAAUGCCACUAGAAUUACAAGCAUUGGUCAGCUCUAAGCCCAACAUUGUCAUCUUGUUGGCUGAUGACCUUGGCAUCGGGGAUGUUGGCUGCUAUGGAAACAAGACCAUCAGGACUCCUAAUAUUGAUCGGCUUGCAAAGGAAGGUGUGAAGCUCACUCAGCACAUUGCUGCAGCUUCUGUUUGCACCCCAAGUAGAGCUGCUUUCUUAACUGGAAGAUACCCAAUCCGAUCAGGUAUGAAUGAAGCAGAUUUCCGCGUUCUUCACUGGCUUGCUGGUUCAGGUGGCCUUCCUCCAAAUGAGACUACUUUCGCCAAGAUAUUGCAGAAGCAAGGCUACACUACUGGUUUAAUAGGGAAGUGGCAUCUUGGUGUGAAUUGCAUAUACCGUAAUGACAGCUGUCAUCAUCCAUUAAAUCAUGGAUUUGAUUAUUUUUAUGGAAUGCCAUUUUCAUUAGUGGGUGACUGUCAAAAAUCACACCCUCCAGAGAUGGAAGCUCAAGUGCAGCUGAAUCUCUGGUCUUACACUCAAAUGAUUGCCCUUGCUGUACUUACUCUUGUAGCUGCAAAACUUUCUCAUCUGGUGCCUAUCAGCUGGAAAACAAUUUUCUUGCUAGCUUUGUUUGGCUUCUUGUUCUUCAUUUCCUGGUUCUCAAUCUAUGGAUACAUAAGAUACUGGAAUUGUUUUAUGAUGAGAAACUAUGACAUUACAGAACAACCAAUGAAGCUAGAGAGAGCUGCACCUCAUAUGCUGAAUGAGGCCAUUUCCUUUAUUGAAAGAAACAAGCAAGGGCCAUUCCUCCUCUUUGUUUCUUUCUUGCAUGUUCACACACCACUGGUUACCACUAAAAAAUUCAUUGGGACGAGCAUGCAUGGAUUGUAUGGGGACAAUGUGGAAGAGAUGGACUGGAUGAUCGGGAAAAUUUUGGAUGCACUUGAUUCUAAAAACCUACAAAAGAACACACUGACUUAUUUCACUUCUGACCAUGGUGGACAUUUAGAGGCUCUGGAAGGAAACAUUCAAAAGGGAGGUUCAAAUGGUAUAUACAAAGGUGGAAAAACCAUGGCAGGCUGGGAAGGAGGAAUCCGUGUCCCUGGAAUAAUUAGAUGGACAGGAAUGUUACCUGAGGGCAAGGUUAUUGAUGAACCGACAAGCCUGAUAGACAUAUACCCCACGUUGGUUCACCUGGCUGGUGGAACAAUACCACAGGACAGGAUAAUUGAUGGUUCGGAUUUAAUGCCUUUGCUGCAGGGAUCAGUUCAACACUCAGAGCAUGAAUUCUUGUUUCACUACUGUGAAACGUAUAUGCACGCGGCACGAUGGCACCAGAAGGACAGUGGAAAAGUAUGGAAGGUCCAUUACAUGACACCAGUUUUUCAGCCAGAGGGAUCUGGAGGUUGUUAUGAAAUUAGAAUUUGCCCGUGUUCUGGAGAAGGUGUGAUGCAUCAUGUUCCCCCUUUGCUGUUUGACCUCUCAAGAGACCCAUCAGAGGCCACCGCUCUGUCACCGGACACUGAGCCACAGUUCCACGCGGUUCUCAAGAGAAUAGAGGAAGCUGUGAAGGAGCACCGCAGGACGCUCACUCCUGUCCCACAGCAACUUUCUUUGCUGAACAUCAUGUGGAAACCGUGGCUGCAGCCAUGCUGUGGAACAUUCCCGUUCUGUUGGUGCGACAAAGAAAAAGAUGACAUAUAAAAUAGACAAAGAUUUCUUCUCUGGGCUGGAUGGAUCACAGUACUAGUAAAAUGGGAGUCUGGGGCAUGGUGGUGGGGGAUUAUUAUCUCAUGACCUGAAAAGAAAGAAACCUAAUAAAAGAAAUAAGUAAUGAAACAGAAGUCCGGUAAAUUGUGCUGUUCUAUAAUUGUUCUGUGAGUCAAUAGAUCUGAAAGUGAAGUUGUAAGUAAGCUAAUUUAAUCUGUUGUUUUGAGAUGCUAAAUGACCGUAACUUU